AUGAACAUUCUCAGAUUUAUUUAUUGUGAAAAUAUUGAAUUGAAGAACAUACAAGAUCCUGAAGUAUUGAAACUUUUGAUUUUAGCUGAUGAACUUAAUAUUAAGCAAUUGAUUUCUUAUAUUCAAGAAUAUUUAAUUGAGCACCAAAUUGAAUUUUUGCAACAAAAUCCAAUCGAUAUUAUUGAAACUAUUUAUCAACAUGAAUCAUUUACGAAUUUACGGGAUUUUUGGCUUGAAAAAAUUUGUGAAGUACCUGAAAUUUUAUUUUAUUCAGAUAAAUUUAUUGAAUUAAAGGCUCCAUUAUUGGAGUUAUUGAUAAAACGAGAUGAUUUAAAUAUGGAUGAAAUUGAGAUUUGGGAAGGUUUGUUAAAAUGGUGCUUUUCUCAACAAAACGUGAUAAAUGAUCCAACCAAAUGGAGUGAAUCAUUACAAAGAUUCAUUCCUCUAAUUAGAUUUUAUGAUAUUGAAUCUGCAGAUUUCUUUUAUAAAGUUCAUUGUCACAAAGAAAUUUUACCUCAAGACUUAAUUCAUAAUCUUUUAGAAUUUCAUUUAGUUCCUAAUAUGGAACCUAAAUCUAAUGUAGCACUUUCAUCAAGGCUAAAAUUUAAUUCAGCCUUGAUUAAAUCAAAACACAUACUUUUAAAAUUUGCUUCAUGGAUCGAUAGAAAAGAUUCAUCCUAUAAUAAAUAUGAUAACCCUUAUAAAUUUAAAUUAUUAUAUCGUUCAGAUAGGGAUGGAUUUAAUAAUGGUGCCUUUCAUAAAAAUUGUGAUGAUAAAGGAGCUACUAUUUGGAUAGCAAAAAUUCAAGGAUAUGUUAAUAAUGCAGCUCUGGUUAUUUAUUGUGAUACUUUUGAAGGACCUAGUAUGGGUGAAUUAGAUUGUGCUGAUUCUAAUGAGUGGACUUAUCGUGCUACAUAUAAUGAUUAUCUUAACAUAAAUAUUCCAGAAACUUUUAUUAUAGAACAUUAUGAAGUAUUUCAAGUAAAAAUUUACUAA